AUGGUAAGACAACAGCAAUGGCAUUUCUACAUAGCGGGGUCUCACAAGCAAUUGGUUGACUUGAUUCUUCGUGAAUACAUCGCUAGUUCAUAUACACUACCAGGAAAGAAAUGGCACUGGAAGAUGCGAACAGGCGGCUUACUACUCUCUACGCAGGUGGAGUCCUCACCCGAUAUAAGUGAAGAUGAUGUUCUAUUUGCAACAAGCACCUUUUCGUUGUGUGAAUUACUUUCCUUACGCCCUUCACUUGGGAAAGCACGCAAAGUUUUAUAUUUUCAUGAAAACCAGCUCAACUACCCGCGAAGUAAAGAAGAGGAGCGAGAUUUUCAGUUUGGAUGGAUCCAGAUCCUAUCAUGCUUGGUAGCGGAUGUAGUGUACUUUAACUCAGAAUGGAAUCGAUCCUCCUUCCUCGACUCUAUUCCUGCUUUUGUCAACCGGAGUCCGGAUAAGGAGCCAAAAGGAGUAGCGGAACAAAUUCGAGCAAAAAGCCAGGUUUUAUACUUCCCAGUGCAGAUUAGUCAUCCCAUUACGCUUUCCGUGAAUUCGACUGAUUCUCCUCUUCACAUCCUAUGGAAUCAUCGUUGGGAGCACGAUAAGGAUCCUAACACAUUCUUUUCGGUGCUCUUUGAACUCGAUGAACAUCACAUUCCAUUUCACCUAUCAGUUCUCGGCGAAUCCUACGAGGAAACGCCGCCCAUUUUCGCAGCUGCGAAGGAGCGUCUUGCCUCUCACAUAAUCAACUUUGGUUUCGUGGAGUCGAAGGAGGCUUACUAUGCAAUCCUGGAAAAGACCGAUGUCUGUGUUUCUACCGCCAUUCACGAGUUCUUCGGUGUGUCUGUGAUUGAGGCGGAAGCUUUUGGGAACUAUUGUCUGUGUCCCAAUCGAUUAUCAUACAAGGAGAUUUUCCCCAGAAAGCAGCUGUACAAUACACAAGCACAGCUGCGGAAAGAACUUAAGGACUUGUGUCUUCGUCCAGAGAGAGUGAGAAACAUGGAGCGAAGAAAAGCAGCGAGUGAACACGCGUCGUAUUAUCUGUGGAAAAAUCAAAAGAAGGAAUGGGAUAAAGCGCUAUUGUGA